AUGGCGGUGCAGGCCGCGCUCCUCAGCGCGCACCCCUUCGUGCCCUUCGGCUUCGGGGGCUCCGCGGACGGGCUGGGGGGCGCCUUCGGAGCCCUGGACAAGGGCUGCUGCUUCGAGGACGAGGAGCCCGGGACGCCGGCUCGCGCGCUGCUGGCGGGCGCCGAGGGCGGGGACGUGCGCGAGGCCACCCGCGACCUGCUCAGCUUCAUGGACUCGGCGUCCAGCAACAUCAAGCUGGCCCUGGACAAGCCGGGCAAGUCCAAGCGGAAGGUGAACCACCGCAAGUACCUGCAGAAGCAGAUCAAGCGCUGCAGCGGCCUCAUGGGCGCCGCGCCCCCGGGUCCGCCCUCCCCGGGCGCCGCCGACGCGCCCGCCAAGCGGCCCCUCGCCGCGCCCUGCGCCCCGGCCGUCGCGGCCCCGGCCCCCGGCAAGGUCGCCCCUCGGAGGGAGGCGUCGCAGGCCGCGGCGGCCGCCAGUCUGCAGAGCCGGAGCCUGGCCGCGCUCUUCGACUCGCUGCGCCACGUCCCCGGGGGCGCCGAGCCGGUGGGGGGCGCGCUGGCGGCACCCCCGGCGGGGCUCGGCGGGACGGGCUCUGGGGGCGUCGGCGGGGACGCGAUCGGCCCCCCGGGGGGCGCGGCGCUCCCCGGCGCCAGGAAGGUCCCGCUGCGAGCCCGCAACUUGCCCCCGUCCUUCUUCACCGAGCCCUCGCGCGCGGGGGGCGGCGCGUGCGCCCCGUCGGCGCCGGGCCCCGGCGCGGGCGGCCUGGAGAGGGGCGCGGAGGCGCUGGGCUUCUUCGAGCUGCUGGGGCCGGACUACGGCGCCACCUCCGAGGCGGGCGUCCUACUCGCCGCAGCGGAGCCCCUCGACGUGUUCCCCGGCGGAGCCGCCGUCCUGCGGGGACCCCCGGAGCUGGAGCCCGGCCUCUUCGAGCCCCCGCCGGCGAUGCUGGGGAGCCUGCUGUACCCCGAGCCCUGGGGCGUCCCGGCCGCUCCGCAGACCAAGAAGCCGCCUCUUACUGCCCCCCGCGGCGGCCUGACCUUGAACGAGCCCUUGCGGGCCCAGUACCCCGCCCCAGCCGACUCCCCGGGCGGGGAGGACGGGCCCGGCCUCGUGGCCUCCUUCGCCCCGUUCUUCUCGGACUGCGCCCGGGACUUCUCGGACGUGCCCGCCCCGCCCCAGCAGGUGUCCUACGAGUACGGCGCGGGGUACGGCCGCCCCGCGUUCUCCGGCCUCUGGAGACCCGACGGGGUCUGGGAAGGGGCGGCCGGGGAGGAGGGGGCGCGCCCGGACUGA